AUGAGCGUUCAAGCAGUGACUAAUCUCAUCAGGACCAUGGCCAGUGAUGGCGGUUUCAACAGAGUUUUCGCUCCCCUACAAGUUGUUUUGGCCGAUGAAAACCUCUUGAAAUGUCGUUUUCAAGUAACGAAAGAGCUCGGCAAUUCUUUCCGUACUCUCCACGGGGGCUACACGGCGACUCUAGUUGACUUCAUCUCGAGUGUGGACCUCGCGCGUCGAGGACAUCUUCAGCACGUCAGCGUGGAGUUAAGCACUUCGUAUGUCAAAGCGGCGAAGAUGAAUUCAUGGGUCUCUGUUGAAUCGAACAUCCUCAAACUAGGCAAGACUCUAGCCUUCUGCGAAGUUACCCUGUUUGACGAGGCCUCAGGCAGCCUGCUUGCUAAGGGCAAACAUACCAAAUAUAUGUUGUCAUAA